AUGAUGGAUGUGGUGAACGAGUCUGCAGUUUCUGAUUUUGUUUUGCUAGGACUCUCUAAAUCCUGGGAACUACAGACAUUUUUCUUUGUGGUGUUUUCGCUCUUGUAUGUGGCAACAAUGGUGGGUAAUAGCCUCAUAGUCAUCACAGUGAUAGCCGACUCUCAUCUGCACUUCCCCAUGUACUUCCUGCUCACCAACCUUUCCAUCAUUGAUAUGUCUCUUGCUUCCUUUGCAACCCCUAAGAUGAUUACAGACUACCUCAGUGGACACAAAACCAUCGCCUUUGAUGGUUGCAUCACCCAGAUAUUUUUUCUACACCUUUUUACAGGCACUGAGAUCAUUUUGCUAAUGGCUAUGUCUUUUGAUAGGUAUAUUGCAAUAUGCAAGCCUCUCCACUAUGCUUCAAUCAUAAGUCCCCAGACGUGUGUUGCCCUUGUGGGGGUUUCCUGGGUUGUAGGAGUCAUGCACUCAAUGAGCCAGGUCAUAUUCGCUCUUACAUUGCCAUUCUGUGGUCCCAGUGAGGUAGAUAGCUUUUUCUGUGACCUUCCUGUGGUAUUCCAACUAGCAUGUGUAAAUACUUAUGUCCUGGGCCUCUUUAUGAUCUCAACAAGUGGCAUCAUUGCCUUGUCCUGCUUUAUUCUUCUAUUCAGUUCUUAUGUUGUUGUCUUGGUUGCUAUCAGAAAUCAUUCUUCAAAAGGAACAUCUAAGGUUUUUUCUACCUGCACAGCUCAUUUCAUUGUUGUCUUCAUGUUCUUUGGACCCUGCAUCUUCAUCUAUAUGUGGCCACUAAGCAGUUUUCUGAUAGACAAGAUUCUAUCUGUGUUUUAUACCAUUUUUACUCCCAUUCUGAACCCAGUAAUCUAUACUUUGAGAAAUCAGGAAGUGAAGAUAGCCAUGAGGAAACUGAAGAAUAAGCUUCUAAAUUCUAACAAGGCAACUCCAUUGCAUUAUUUUUAG